AUGUUCCUGAGUGCUGUAGGCUAUAAAACAUCACGCUACGAUCAAAUGGAGCCGAGCAGCGGGUGGAACCGCGCGAGAGUAGCUAGUCAGGCGGGCGUCAACCAAUUGGGAGGCGUCUUCGUAAAUGGCCGUCCUCUGCCAGACGUUGUUCGGAAGAGAAUCGUGGAGCUGGCCAUCAUGGGAGUACGACCCUGCGAUAUCAGCAGACAAUUGCUGGUCUCACAUGGAUGCGUCUCCAAGAUCCUGACCAGGUUUUACGAGACCGGGUCUAUUAGACCGGGGUCUAUUGGAGGCAGUAAGACUAAGCAAGUCGCAACACCGACAGUCGUGAAGAAGAUCCUCCGGUUGAAACAAGAGAACCCGGGUAUGUUCGCGUGGGAGAUCCGCGAGCGUCUGCUCAGCGCGAGAGUGUGUGAACCUCACUCCAUUCCGUCAGUAUCGAGCGUCAACAGGAUCUUGAGGAACAGCGGGUUGGCUUGGAGCGAUGACGACACCAGGAGUGCUCAUGAAGCGUACCCGCAGCCAGAUUUACCGCCAAACAUGAUGGAGUACAUGUCAAUGAAGACGUCACUGCCUCCUACAGCCAUACCAUCACAGCAGAGCUCACCUUACUUCGCGCAUUCCGCUGUGAGAGUACCUCCUCCACAACACACGGACCCAGCGCUUUACGACCGUAGAUUAGCCACAUCAUGGCUUCUAGCCAACCAAGUACAAGCACAGGGCCUUUUAAAGCCCUACCCAAUAAACCCCUGGCAAAGAAUUAUGCUACCCUACCACGACUCGAAGAACUUCUCACCCUACGCUCUGAACUUACAUAGCGAUCUUCUAAACCGGAUAAAUCCGGAUGAAGUGAAAUCGGAGAAUUCGGAACAUAUCUCUGUUGAAGCAAGUGAUGAUAGCACGGAUAGACCUGAUGUUGAUGACGAUCAAAAGUCACAUGAGAAAGAGAAGAAGAAGAAUCCGUAUUCGAUAGAGGAGUUGUUGAAGAAACCGGAUAAAAUGGUCAAUGUCAAUCCGAUUGGGUUCCAGAACUUUCUUAGGCAGCCGAGCGGUAGUAUGAUUGAAAAUGGCCAGAAUUUGAGCAAUAGAAGUUCACCAGCUAGCUUCUGCUCCGUGCAGAGUGGCAUUUCUAAUGAUUGCUUCUCUGAAUCAGCCAGUUCGGAGAUAAAGGCGGGAAAUUGA